CACCAAGGUGGCUCGCCCCACCAACCCAGCCGAUGGAGAGGCGAUAGUGCGCGUCAUGGCAUGCGGACUGUGCGGCUCCGACAUGCAUCCCUACCGCGGCGCCGAGAAGGGGCUCAGACCAGGCACAGUGUGCGGCCACGAGUUCGCUGGUGUUGUCGAGCAAGUCGGCAGCGGAGUUGCCUUGGAUGUUGGCCAGCGCGUGGCUGCCAGCUUCACCACCGCCUGUGGCGACUGCUGGUACUGCACCCACCAUCUGAGCAGCCGCUGUGAUGCAGUGAAACUACCACGGGCCAUCGGCAUUCACGGCGGACAGGCGCAGUUCGUGCGAGUCCCCAAUGCCAACGGGACGCUGAUGGCGCUGCCCGACGAUGUUUCGUUCGAAGAAGGCGUCCUGAUUGGGGACAUAUUCUCCACCGGGUAUUUUUGUGCAAAGAACGCAUUGUCGACACUGUCAGAAGCUGGCAUUCCUGUUGCUGAGCUCAGCAUUGCUGUUGUCGGGUGCGGGCCAGUGGGGUUAUGUGCAGUGAUGUGCGCAAAGCAGCUCGGCUUCGGCACCAUAUACGCCAUUGAUCGUGUCGAAUCGCGCUUGCAGAUGUCGGAGAGGCUGGGCGCCAUACCGGUCAGUCUUGACAAGUCCCCGGCCAAGAUCAUUGGCGACGCCACGGUUGCGGGAAGCAGACAUGGUGUCGAUGGCGUUCUGGAGGUUGUGGGCAACUACGGUGCGCUGCAGCUUGCAUUCGAGUUGGUGCGGCCCGGUGGCGUGGUGUCCUCUGUCGGCGUGCAUGCCCACGACAAAGGGUUCCCGGUCAGCCCCGAGCAGUGCUAUGACAAAAACAUCACCUACAGGUGCGGCCGGUGCCCCGCUCGGUCGCUGAUGGAUGAGCUGGUGCCCCUCAUCCGGGGCUGCAAUGCUACGCAAAUCAUCAGCCACCGUGUGCCGCUCACCCGCGCUGUCGAGAUGUACAAGAUGUUCGACUCACAGGCAGACGGGGCGCUCAAGGUCAUUUUUGAUCCUUGGGCCUGAAACAGGCAGCUACUAUGGUCGACUCUGUUGUUGUUGUUGCCGCUGCUGCUUUUGUGGGCGGCGGACGGCUUUCUACCACAUUGUCGGUGCUGUCUGUUGUGGCAUAGCUCCAUUGGAAUAUGUGCACGGGUUGUUUCGCCCUUUGCUCUUCUUUUUGUACUUACAACAACGACGGGAAAUAUUGUUGUAAAAACAUGGCCCAUUCUUGGCCCUUUGGCAGACGGAAUAGAGAAGCUUGCGGGUGGGCAUGAAGGCCAUUUGCAUUCUACCUUAAACCUCUA